GAUCUCUCCUGCUUCCAAAUAGACGCCGGUAACAAUAUGCAGUCGGGUGUUUCCUUGGAAGAUGGGUUUUAUUCCUUCUGGAAAUCUCUUGGACCUAAGCCUUCUACCACUCUUCGAUGCUUCGAAAAAGGAGAGAUAAUGACGCUUCAUGAUUCUGAUGCUAUUCUUGUGGCUACAGAUUACUACAAAAAUCCGUCCCUCGUAAAGCGGUUUUCCAGGGGGAAGUCAAGCCUGCCGUAUGUCACUGUCAAGAAACAAAACACUGACUUUUUGAGACAUUUUCUUCUAAAGAGGCAAUAUCGCAUUGAAAUAUAUGGUUCCACAUCCAAAUGUGGGAGAGAUAAUGAGUGGAGCCUUAAGUUAAAGGCUUCUCCUGGGAACUUGGGUUCAGUAGAAGAUCUCCUUACAUCCACAUCAGAUUCAGUUGAAGCUUGUGGACUCAGUGCAGUAAAUGUAAAGCAGCUAAACGAACGAAUACAUGUUUGCCUAGCGUUUUGUGAAAUUGAAAGUCGGAAGUUUCUUGUUGGUGAAUUCAUUGACUCAGCGCACCUAGCGAACUUGGAAACUGCUCUUGUUCAACUUAAAACAAGAGAAUGUCUUGUCCCUACCGGACUGCUUUCACAUCCAGAUAUUCCGAAAUCUGAUGUCACACCUUUGGGCAAUGCUAUUUCGGAGCACGUCAGUUUAAUCUUUGAAAAAACUGGGAUUUUACCUACUGAAGUAAAAAAGUCUGAAUUCUCGCACACAAUUAAACCACAAGACUUGAUCUAUUUCCUGCGAUCUGAAAAAGAAAACUCAAAUGGCUCUUUGCUCUACGAGAAAGAGUUUCUUCUCAAAGAUGCAUUGUCUUGUCUGGGUGCCAUAAUAAAAUUCCUAGAUCUAAACGCUUUUGACACGAAUCGUCAUGUAUUCACAUUAGAAACUUUUAGUCUUGAAAACCAUGUACGCCUAGAUAGUGCUGUCAGUCGGGCAUUGCACUUAUUACCUGGUCCAGAUGAUAAAAACAAGUUUCACAGUGUUUAUGGCGUAUUGAACAAUUGUCGAACAGCUCAAGGCCAGCGUCUUCUAGCUCAAUGGCUUCGACAACCUUUAAUAGAUAAGUCAAAAAUUGAAGAACGUUUGGAUUUAGUUGAAUCGUUUGUUGAAGAAACUGCGAUACGUCGAGGAUUGCAUGAAGAUUUCUUACGUCGCAUCCCUGAUUUACAACGUCUAGGUCGGCGUCUUCAGAAAAUCAGAGGUUCUGGCCUUCAGGAUGUCUAUCGCAUAUAUCAAGCUGUUGUACGCUUACCAUAUGCUGUUUCAUUAUUGAAUCAAUACACUGGAUCCAAACGGUCAACAGUUUACGAAUGUCUUAUAACACCUUUACAAAAAGCCAUGGAUGACUUCAUUCUGUUUAAAGAUCUAGUAGAAUCCAACAUAGAUUUGGACUAUGUUAACCAACGAAAUGAGUUCAUUAUUCUUGCUGAUAAAGAUCCGUCGCUACAAGAAAUAAGGAAUAAAUUAGACAAUUUGGAGGAAAGAAUUCGAGAUGAAUUUAGACGUUGUGCAAAAAAGCUGAACUUGGAACAGAAUAAAUCUAUCAAGUUGGAAAGUAAUGAGCUACAUGGAUAUUUUAUGCGUGUCACACUCAAGGAUGAGAAAUGUUUAAGAGGAUUUGAAACAUUUGAAAUUUUGGACACACAAAAAGGUGGUGUACGUUUUCGUAAUAACCAAAUGACUUCAUUAACUGAAACUUAUGCUGAAGUGAAACAAGAAUAUAAUAGAUUACAAGAAGUAGUUGUACAUCAAGUUGUUUGUGCCGCAGCUACUUAUUUAGAGCCUAUUAAUCAAUUGAAUGCAACCACCGCGUUCUUAGAUGUUAUUGUUAGCCUUUCUAUCGCUGCUAUCUCGUCUUCAGGCGUAUCGUAUAUUCGUCCGAAAAUUCUCUCUAAAGAUAAUGGUCGUAUUAUUUUAAAAGGAGCACGUCAUCCAUGUUUGGAAAUGCAAGAUCGAGUCAGUGUUAUUCCAAAUGAUGUACAUCUUGAACGUGGUAAACAAAUAUUCCUAAUUAUUACUGGUCCGAAUAUGGGUGGCAAGUCAACUUUUAUACAUAGUGUUGCCGUUAUUGUUGCUAUGGCCCAAAUUGGCAGCUUUGUUCCGUGUUCAUACGCAGAAAUUAUGCCAGUCGAUGCUAUUAUGGCGCGUGUUGGUGCGGCUGAUUAUCAAUGUCGUGGUGUUUCUACAUUUCUAGCAGAAAUGCUUGAAACUUCAGCUGUCUUACGAGACUCUCCAGCUGUAUCAAUCGCCAAUGGUUUAUGUCCACGUCUUAUCGCAAUGCUGGAUCACGUCAUAAAAGAAGCUGAACUAGAAAAGAAUUUAUCAAUUAAUAUGAUUAGUUCGACAGUUGCUCAUUUGACGCGUGAACUUUUACUAGCGAAACCAAAUAAUUUACCAAGUGAUUACUUAUUAAAUUUGGUCAAAAAUAAACUAGAAAACAAUAAGAAAAUAUAG